UAGUAUCAAACCCCUACAUUCAUUUCCCCCCAAAAUACUCUUUAUAUAUAUAUAUAUAUAUCGCUUUGGCUUCAAGGAUACGUGAAGAGUCAUCGUAGUCCAUUCUUUCACUCUUCUCUCUCUCUAAAAUCAACUCAACUACCACUUCCUUCACAUGGCUUCUAUCAGCCCCAUUUAUCAAUCUCAACCUCUUUUCAACAAACUUCAAUUCAGAACAAGAAAGCUCCGGACCACUUUCAUCGCUAGCCCCAAUUUUAAUUCUAGGGUUUUCUCUGAUCACAGUACGGGUGGUGGAACUAUGGCAACGCAUUCGAAGAAGAAGAUGGUGGUUGUGUCGGCCACGACGGCGGAGAAGCCGAAGAAGAGGUACCCAGGAGAGGCAAAAGGGUUCGUGGAGGAGAUGAGGUUUGUGGCAAUGAAAUUGCACACCAGAGACCAGGCGAAAGAGGGCGAGAAGGAGCCCCAGGGUCAACCAGUAGCCAAAUGGAAACCCUCCAUUGAUGGGUAUUUGAGGUUUCUUGUGGACAGCAAGUUGGUUUACGAUACGCUUGAGACGAUCAUCGAAAAAGCAGCUUUUCCUGAAUAUGCUGAAUUCAGAAAUACAGGGUUGGAGAGGUCAGAAGGUUUGGCAAAAGAUCUGGAAUGGUUUAAAGAGAAAGGUCAUGUCAUUCCUGAACCAUCAUCUCCUGGUGCUAGCUAUGCUCUUUUUCUUGAAGAAUUAUCGGAGAAAGAUCCUCAAGGAUUCCUUUGCCAUUUUUACAAUAUAUACUUUGCUCACACAGCUGGUGGUCGAAUGAUUGGGAAAAAGGUAGCUGAAAUGAUUCUAAACAGUAAAGAGUUAGAAUUCUAUAAAUGGAAUGGUGACCUUUCCCAACUGUUGCAGAAUGUGAGGGAGAAGCUGAAUAGAGUUGCUGAAAGAUGGACUAGAGAGGAGAAGAACCAUUGCUUGGAAGAAACUGAGAAAUCGUUUAAGUUCUCGGGUGAUAUCCUCCGUCUAAUAUUGUCAUGAUGUGCAAAACUGCACUCAGUUCUUGUAAACUCAAGUGGUGGUGCAAGCUGUAACAUUUGCCUAUAUUUGAAACUUCUUUCUUAAUAAUUUUAUGAAUUCACUGUUGUUGUGCAUAAUAGAA